GACUUGGAGGGAGGGGGAGAAGUUUCCCCAAAGACGCGCUUGGAUCGCAGAGAGAGAGAGAGAGAGAGAGAGAGAGAGACGAUGCCUUCCUCCGCCAGCCGAGUCUCACAAGCUGCUCAGUGGAUUUGCUGAUUUCCUGAAUUUAUUUUUUUCUGCAAGUUAUUCAACGGGACUGAGGAGAGAUUUUGAGCCAGAGGAUGCUCCCACAGGUCAUUCGGAUUCUGUAUGUCUUGUCUUUCUGCUUUUUCCAAGGAGGCUUUAUCAGACUGAGCUCCUGUAAGGAGGAGAUAAAGCCCCCCAGCAGGGCAGGACCACAGCUGUCGCCUUCUGACUUCCUGGACAAGCUCAUGGGGAAAACAUCAGGAUAUGAUGCCCGCAUCAGACCCAACUUCAAAGGCCCACCAGUGAAUGUCACCUGUAACAUUUUCAUCAACUCCUUUGGGUCCAUCACAGAAACAACAAUGGACUACAGGCUCAACGUAUUUCUACGGCAGAAAUGGAAUGACCCCCGGCUGGCAUACAGCGAGUACCCAGAUGACUCCCUUGAUCUGGAUCCGUCCAUGUUGGAUUCUAUCUGGAAGCCUGAUUUAUUCUUUGCAAACGAGAAAGGAGCCAAUUUCCACGAGGUUACCACUGAUAACAAGCUGCUGCGGAUUUUCCAAGAUGGCAGCGUUCUGUACAGCAUCAGGCUGACUCUUACCCUGUCCUGCCCUAUGGACUUGAAGAAUUUCCCCAUGGACAUUCAGACCUGUACCAUGCAGCUCGAGAGCUUUGGUUACACCAUGAAUGACCUGAUCUUCGAGUGGUUGUCCGAGAACCCUGUUCAGGUGGCUGACGAUCUCACCCUUCCCCAGUUUGUGCUGAAAGAGGAGAAGGAUUUGGGCUACUGCACGAAGUACUACAACACAGGUAAAUUCACCUGCAUCGAGGUGAAGUUCCACCUGGAACGUCAGAUGGGCUACUACCUAAUCCAGAUGUACAUCCCCUCCCUCCUCAUCGUCAUCCUGUCUUGGGUGUCUUUCUGGAUAAACAUGGACGCUGCACCAGCCAGGGUGGGUCUGGGCAUCACCACAGUGCUGACCAUGACCACACAGAGCUCUGGUUCAAGAGCAUCUCUGCCAAAGGUGUCUUAUGUGAAGGCCAUUGACAUUUGGAUGGCGGUGUGCCUUCUCUUUGUGUUUGCCGCCCUGCUGGAGUACGCUGCCGUUAACUUCGUCUCGAGGCAACACAAGGAGUUCAUCAGGCUGAGGAAAAAGCAGCGGCAGCAGAGAAUAGAGGAGGAACUGGUGAGGGAGAGCCGCGGUUUUUACUUCCGAGGUUACGGACUCGGUCACUGCCUGCAGACUAAAGACGGCACCGCCGUUGAGGGGUCCACCGUCUUCACGCCUCCUCCCCCGCCUCCUCCGGUCACCAUGUACGAUGGCGAGAUGCUUCACAAGCGCUUUGUAGACCGGGCUAAACGCAUCGACACCAUCUCCAGAGCCGUGUUUCCCCUGAGCUUCCUCAUAUUCAACAUCUUCUACUGGGUCACCUACAAAGUGCUGCGACACGAGGACAUCCAUGCUAAUUUGUAAAAAAACGCUCUCUGCUACAGUUUAGGGGUUUUUCUUCUCACAACCAAAACUGCCUGUCAGAGCUACAUAACAGUGAAGAAAUGUGUCGAGAGGCUUUAUCCGCUUCUUAAAACAACUGCUGAAAACUUUGUGCUCAGGUGUGUCUUCAGGAUCUCAGACGAGGAGCGAUUAAACCGAAAGAGGAGGUUAAGCUGCCUGGAUCCAGGCUGGUGUUGUUUGUUCAUGUUUUUUUUGUCUUGGCUUCUGAUUCGUGCGGAUUACAACAGAGACAAAACACUGCUGGUACUUUGUGGGUUCAUGACAUUUACUUGAGAGUUCAGAGAAGUUGGUGUUGAUCCUGGCUGGAUGAGAUAUACUGACUUGAAUUUUGACACUAAGCAUCUUUGAAUGAAUGUUUUUGAAAAUUUAAAAGAUUAUGGAGUUUUUUACACCUUUAGAUUACUAACGGGGUAUAAAUGGGAGCAACGGGGAGGAAUGGGUAUUUGAUAUUUAUUAAUAUUCAACAAGUGGUGAUAAUUAAAUUUAGAUUAUAUAUAACGGUGUAUAAAGUGUACAUAAGCAAAGCGCUUCAUUAAAACUGCACAAAGCACAAAUAUGUAUUUCCUUUUGUCUAAAUUUAAAUAAAUUGUUAU